CAGCUGGCUAGCUGUUCGUCUCCUAACCACGUGCUGUGCUUGUGUUGUGCUGCUGGACUUUCUGUAGCAAUGGUCCUGAAAUCCACCGAAUAAACUGUUACUCUUGUGCUUAAAGCCACCGUUUGCUGGAGUAUAAAGCUGUGCCAGCGAGGCAGACGAACACAAUGAAAUGUGAGGGAAUUGAAGGCUGUGAGAGGUUCCUGAGCCCUGGGAAAGGCCGAGGGGUCAAAGCCACGCAGCACUUCCAGCUGGGCGAGCUGCUGUUCGCGUGUCCGGCUUAUUCCUACGUCCUGACAGUGAAUGAGCGGGGCGGAUACUGCGACUUCUGCUUCAUGAGAAGGGAAGGGCUGUCCAAGUGUGGGAAGUGCAAGCAGGCCUACUACUGCAACGUGGAGUGCCAGAAAGGCGAUUGGUCCAUGCACAAGCUGGAGUGCUCUGCCAUGUGUGCCUACGGAGAAAACUGGUGUCCCUCAGAAACGGUGCGACUGGUCGCUAGAAUCAUCAUGAAGCAGAAAUUCCAGUCAGAGUUGACGCAGUCUGAAAGAUUGUUAUCCUUCAAAGAGUUCGAAUCGCAUUUGGACAAGAUCGACAACGAGAAAAACGAGAUGAAUCAAACGGACAUUGCUGCACUCCAUCACUUUUAUUCUAAGCAUCUGGAUUUUCCUAGUAAUGCUGCUCUUGUCGAACUCUUUGCCCAGGUGAACUGUAACGGUUUCACCAUCGAAGAUGAGGAGUUGUCCCAUUUGGGCUCUGCAGUCUUUCCAGACGUGGCUUUGAUGAACCACAGCUGUAAUCCCAAUGCGAUCGUGACAUAUAAAGGUACGGUAGCAGAAGUCCGUGCUGUUCAGAAAAUCAGCCCCGGAGAUGAGAUUUUCAACAGUUACAUUGACCUCCUCUACUCCACUGAGGACAGGAAAGAGAGGCUGGAGCAGUCAUACUUCUUUACCUGUGAUUGCACAGAAUGUACCACCAAAUCAAAGGACGCGGCCAAACUGGAGAUUCAUCAGAACCUGAGUAGUGCUCCAGAGGCAGAAGAAAUUCAGGAAAUGGUGAAGUAUGCCAAGAAUAUCAUUGAGGAGUUCAGGAGAGCCAAGCACUAUAAGACUCCCAGCGAUCUGCUAGAGAUCUGUGAGUUAAGUCUGGAGAGGAUGGGAUCCAUAUUUGUUGACACUAAUGUGUACAUGCUGCACAUGAUGUACCAGGCCAUGGGGGUCUGUCUCUACAUGCAGGACUGGGACGGAGCCAUGAAAUAUGGCGAGAAAAUUGUACAACCCUACAGUGUGCAUUACCCUCAGUACUCUCUGAAUGUCUCAUCUAUGUACCUGAAGCUUGGAAGACUUUACUUGGGACUUGGGAAAAGCACAGAAGGAGCGAAAGCGUUAAAUAAGGCUAUCGACAUCAUGAAGGUCGCGUUCGGAACAGACCAUUAUUACGUCGAUGAGGUGCAAAAGGAAAUAGAAGGGCAUCAGUAAACGGGAGGACGGCCUGUAAAUUCAAGAACGGCUGAACGGCAUGCAACCUUUACCUCCGCUUACCUACAGAAAAACAUUUUUCUUUUCCAAGUCAUUUUAAGUUUUUUAUUUGUUUGUGUUUGACAGAUGAUUGCUGAUGUUGACCUUGAGGUGCUGAUCUGUUACCUGUCCAUAGUGAAAAUAAAUAUGCACUGUCUGUGAGCAAGGGCUAAUAACUAUGUAUAAAAUAUAACCGUAAGAUUGUCUUAAAGAUGCUUCUUUAACUUUUGCCAUAUCAUGUAUCAACUACGAUGUAAAUGACUGUUUGCUUGGCCGCAGAAUUUACCAAUGAUUCAAUAACACUAUGCCUGGAUGAGUAUUUAACAUAUGACCAAAGUGUAUUUCCAUGAUUCUGACUAUUAACUGUCUCAAUGUGUGGCACAAUAGAAAUUGCCUUUAUUUCAUGCCAAAGCUCUGUAGUAUCUCUGUAAAUCCUACACUAAGUAUUUUGGUUUUCUAACAUUUUCUGAGGUAAAAUUUUCUUAAAUUUGUGACUAAUAUUUUUGGCUGCCGUUCUAUAAAGUAGAUCAGUAAUAGUAUGUCAGUGUGCUAUUGGUCAGGAAAACACUGGAUAAAAAAAAUUCUAUUAAAAUAAUAGAUCAGGUUUAUAGUGUGAUACAAAAAGUGUAUGAGAUCUUUGUUUAAACAGUUGCCUCCUGAUAGAGGAUAUUGGAGUAGAACAACUUUUAAACAUGUAGCAUCAGGUUUAAAAAACGAGAUAAAGAAAAAACAUGAAACUACUCAGUAGCAAAAAAAAAAGUAGAAGCACCAAAGCAGUGAGAAUCUUUGUCAAAUCUUGCAUCAUUCGUAUCGGUAGGCAACCUGUGACACACCUUGGGGCCUUUUAAGUACAGAUGGACACCACAAAAUAACAUGUCUUCAUCAAACCCAAAAUUGCAAAUGAUUUCUGAUGACCAAGAAAAUAAAAAGCAUGUAGAUGUCAUUUCUGUCUGCAGUAAAUAAAGAGACUUGAGGAAAAAAGUUA